AUGCCUCCGCCUACUCCCUCUGUACCCGAGGGUUGGAAAGCCGAAUUUGACGAUCGGUAUCAAGCAUGGUACUAUAUCAAUAUCCAUACCAGACAGUCCCACUGGGAACGACCAGACCAGCCAGCCCCGCCUGCUGGACCCGUUCCACCUCCUGCCGGCCCCCCACCCAGUCGUGAGGCUGCUACUACUACUACACGCCAUCGACCAGUGGGCCAAGGAGAUUCGAUUCCAGAUGACCAUAAUCUACCGGAAGUGUACACUCCACAGCCUUCAUCACAGUCUGCCUACGCGCCAAACCCAGAACAAGGAUACACAAGCUACCAGCAGCCACAAUACAGUUACAACGGCUAUAAUCACAACCUUACUUAUUCCCCGUACCCUGCAUAUCCGAAUCAGUAUCUCAAUCCAUACCAAAACACCUAUGAUCCAUCCCAGCCUCCCCACAACCAGAAGCAGAAGAAAAGCUUAGGGAAGAAAGUUGCAGCUGCCCUAGGAUUAGGCGGUGGAGGACUAGUCAGCGGAAUUCUACUCGGGGAGACUAUCUAG